AUAAAAAACUGAAAAAAUAUGACGUAUAACUAAAGAAAGAAAAUUAUAUAUUUUCAUUUUAUUAUCAUCAUCAUUCAUCAUCAUCAUGGUGAAUUAAUAAUUUUUAUAUUUUCUGACGAUUGCAAACAAAAGUUAAUUGAUUGGAACAAGCAAAACAAAAACACACAACAAAUUGUUAUUGUUAUUGUUCUUUCUUUCUUCUACGUUUUUUGUCUUUCCACCUUCAUCACAAGCUUUUUUUCUCUAUUCUUAACCCAAUUCAAGGGUCAAAAUUGAAAACCCAAACACUCUUUUAUUUCCUUCUAUCUUUUACGUUACAUUCUCUUUUUCAUUUUUGCGUAAAUGGGUAUCGCUUUUUUCAGAAGUAACUGAAAAAAAUCUCAUCUUUUUGUCCCUAAAAUCUCAACCCAGGAUCGGAAUUCUUCAUAUCAAUGGAAGAAUCAGGUGAGUUGCAACCAGAAGAAAAUAAAGCCUCUGGGGAGAAAAAUCCGAAAAGAAAGCUCAAAACACCUGCACAGCUUAAGGGCUUGGAGAAAUUUUAUACUGAGCACAAAUAUCCGACAGAGGAAUUGAAAUUAGCGAUUGCUGAGGAGUUAGAUUUGACAGAAAAGCAAGUAUCUGGAUGGUUUUGCCACCGAAGAUUAAAAGAUAAAAGAUUGUUGAAAGAAGAAGCAAAUGCUGCUGCUAAUGGACGACAAGAUCGUUCAAGUGGUGUCAUCCAGGAUCGUGGCAGUGGACUCGGGCAAGAUUCAUGUGGAAGCAGUAAGCAUGGUGAUUAUAAGUAUCUGGAUCCUAAAGAGGUUGAGAGCCAUGACCUCUACAAUCGUGAUUUGUCGGUUGCAGAUAUGACCUAUGGACGUAGGAACCAUUUUUCUGAAAAUGUUAGUGGAAUGGACGAUACAUCAUCUGAGAGUAGCUCUUUUUUGCAAGAUCGGUUGUAUCCUCAAGGCCAAGAUCCAUAUGAGACCGAGCCAUCUAGAUAUCUAGCACAUAGUAAAGCUCUUCCGCCCUUAAAUCCCAAGGGUACAGUUAACAUGGGAUAUAAACCAUCGGGAUAUUUGAAAGUGAAGGGUGAGAUAGAGCAUGCUGCUAUAACCGCUGUUAAGAAGCAAUUAGGAAGGAACUAUCGGGAAGAUGGUCCACUACUUGGUGUAGAAUUUGACCCCCUUCCUCCAGGGGCAUUCGAAUGCCAAACUGAAGAUCCAGUUCAUGAACCAUACAGUAUUGCUGAUCCUGCCCUUCUGAAUUCUCCAGAAAUCUCCACAGUAAAAAGGCGGCCUGGUCUUAGCUCUAGAUAUGAUUCGUAUUAUACUAAACAUAGUUCCCAAGAUAAUCAUAUGGAAGGAGACGACUUUGGUUCCUUGCAUGAUUCUGACGUUCAUGAUAAACAAGAUAAGAAAGCUUUCCAUGGUACAAAACACAGACAAGCUUUUCAGAGUAAUGCGGCUCGUUUUCCUGGAAGGAACUCUUCAUUGGAUUUGUAUGAAGACUCUACCGGGGAAGCUGCUUAUAAUAUCGCUAAGAAUCAUAGGAAGGACAUCAAGCGCGGUGUUGAGGGGAUGAGAUCUGAUUCUGCUUCUAACCAUAGUGAUCACUAUGAAGAAAACCUUGCAGUUAAACAUGCAGACUUUGACUAUGAUAACAUCAAGCCAAAGAAUGUGCAAAGGAGUGUUCCUGCAGACUUUCUGCAACAUGACUAUGAUAAAAUCAAUCCAAAGAAUGCGCAAAGGAGUGAACAUGUAAAGUCCAAGCCUUCAAAUUCAAUCCGUAAUUCUCGAGGUUCUGUGGAUACUGAAGAAAGAGGACUAUCUUCUAGAAUGGCUAAGGAAGAGAUGUUUAAGGGGGACAAGAAGGCAAAGAAGCAAUAUCGUGACGCAAGCGGAGCAGGGAUGCUUUCAAAUGAAACUAUGGUUACAAAACGACUUAAACCCAAUUCAUUUCAGCCAUACAUUAUGAAACAAUUGCCUGUUGCUGAGAUAGAACCAAGGAAAAAUCAGAGAUCUGCUGCAGAGAUGCCGUCUAGCUUUAGCGAGGAUGAAACUGCGGAUACCAGUUCUUCAUUGGAUUGAUUGUUUUGUUGAUAGAGAUGUUGAGAAGUGUGUACAGUCUAAAAAAGACACAUGCAAUUUACUAGUUAAGGCAAUAACAUUGGAAGCACUUGUUUUUAGCAGCAAAGUUAGUUACAUGACUCCAUUUGUUUGUUGUGCUCACCUAUUGCCUUUGGAAAAAAAUGGUGUAGAACUCCUACCCCCUCCUAGGUCUUUUAAUUUUUUUAUAUUGGCAUUUUCUGGAGCUUUUUGUGGUAGGUAUUCACAUAUACACAUUAUUUGUAUUGUAGUUUAAUUAAAAGAAUUGUUUGGCAUUCUAAUUUGAUCCAAUUUUAUCCAUGUUUGGAAGAGUUA